AUGGUUGAGUCUGGAAGACUGAUUUAUAUAAGGACACACCAAAAAAGCCUAAGGUGUGAGAGUUAUAGUGGAUUGACUGAUGCUUUGACAAGGGGUGAAUUAAGCCCUGCAGCCCAAGGUCGCAGAAUAAUACUACCUUCAAGUUUUACGGGUGGUGUUAGAUACAUGAUACAAAACUACCAAGAUGCAAUGGCAAUAUGUAGAUGGAUUGGAUACCCAGAUUUAUUUAUAACCUUUACAUGCAAUCCGAAGUGGCCUGAGGUGCAACGCUUUUUAAAAGACCAAAGGUUGAAGCCAGAAGAUCGGCCGGACAUAAUUUGCCGGUUAUUCAAGAUUAAGUUGGAUGCUUUGAUAGCUGAUUGUCGAAAGAAUAAAAUAUUUGGCCCUGUGGCUGGAGUCAUAUAUACAAUUGAGUUUCAAAAGAGAGGUCUUCCGCAUGCUCAUAUAUUACUUUUUUUGGAGAAAAGUAAAGAAGUUAGGCAAGUUCUUACUCUAGACAACAUAAUUUACGCAGAGAUUCCAGAUGAAAAGAAAGAUGCAGAGUAUUACCAAGCGGUAGAGGAAUUUAUGAUGCAUGGUCCAUGUGGAAAAGCGAGGACCAAUUCUCCAUGUAUGGUAAAUGGGCGAUGCUCUAAACAUUUUCCUAAGAGAUUUGUUGAUAGUUCUACAUUUGAUGACGAUGGUUACCCGGUAUAUAGAAGGAGAGACAAUGGCAGUGUAGUUACAAAGAACGGGAUCGCCUUGGACAACAGGUAUGUGGUACCACACAAUAGAUAUUUAUUGCUCAAGUACAAGGCUCAUAUAAAUGUCGAGUGGUGCAACCAGUCACGGUCAAUCAAGUACCUGUUCAAGUAUGUUAACAAGGGUCAUGAUCGGGUAACCGCCGAGUUUUACAAAACAGGCAAUGAUGACGAGAAUGACAAAGCAAUAGAUGAGAUAAAUAUGUACUAUGACUCUACUGGUGAAAUUUUCUAUUUGAGGUGUUUGCUGAACAAAGUCCGCGGCCCUAAAAGUUAUGAAGAUAUUAGGACUGUAAAUGGGGUGCAAUAUGACUCAUUCCGAGAUGCGUGUUAUGCAAGGGGUUUAGUUGAUGAUGACAACGAAUAUGUUGAUGCAAUAGAUGAAGCAAGUCAUUGGGCGUCAGCAAAUCAAUUGAGGAGAUUGUUUGUGACAUUGCUAAUGAGCAGUUGCAUGGGGAAACCGGAAAUAGUUUGGCAUGCCGUUUGGCAACAUCUAUCAGACGAUGCACAAUUCAACGUCCGUAGACAAUUGCAGAACAAAGAUUUUGUGUUGACCGAUUCGCACAAAAUGAACUUUGCUUUAGUAGAGAUUGAGAAGCUAUUAUCUAAUCAUGGUAAGAGUUUGAAGGACUAUCCUGAGAUGCCAACUGCAAAUUUUGGUGCCUUAAAUGUUAUUGCAAACAGAUUUAUUCAAGAAGAAUUAGCAUACGAUUGUGCGAACAUGAGAAAGAGAAUCAAGAAUUGGUCUAAGAGUCAAAUAGUGUUAAAUGUAGCUUCUAGCGGCAUAGCUUCGCUGUUAUUGCCCGGUGGCAGGACGACACAUUCUCGGUUUGCUAUUCCGAUAUCUGUUAAUGAAGAUUCCACAUGCAACAUACGUAACGGCAGUGAACUGGCGGAACUUCUUGUGCAAACAAAGUUGAUAAUAUGGGACGAAGCCCCCAAGAUGCAUAAAUUCUGCUUUGAAGCCCUGGAUCGAACUAUGCGGGAUUUGAUGCGCUUCAUAAAUCCAAUGAGUUCUAAUAUGACAUUCGGUGGUAAGACAGUUGUUUUGGGGGGCGAUUUUAGGCAAAUUUUACCAGUCAUUCCAAAGGGUACUAGACCGGAUAUAGUUAGAGCGAGCAUUAGCUCAUCCUAUCUAUGGAAAUCCUGUAAAGUCCUAAAGUUGACUAAGAAUCUACGUUUGAAGAGUGUUCAAUCAGAAACCGAGUGCAAGGAGAUCGAGGAAUUUGCAAAAUGGAUAGCUAAUAUAGGUGAUGGAAUUAUUGGGUGUCAACUUGAGGGGGAGUCAGAGAUUACUGUUCCAGAAGAUUUGUUGUUGAAGUGCGAAGAUGACCCUAUUGCUACAAUUGUUGAUAGCACUUUCCCCAAUUUCCGACUGGGAAUUGCCGAUUUGUCAUAUCUUAAUCAUAGUGCAAUUUUAGCUCCAACAUUGGAUGUGGUAGAUGCUGUUAACCAAUACAUGAAUGAUCAUAAUCCUUCUGAGGGUAAGACGUACUUGAGUUGUGAUUCUGUGUGUAAGUCAGAUGCCAAUGUUGAUAUGUUAGCGGAUUUGCACACUCCCGAAUUCUUGAAUGCCUUGAGAUGUUCUGGAGUACCAAAUCAUGCAUAUUGA